UUGAAUACACGACACAAGGAAACUAUUAAUCACAUCAUAUAAAUUACUAAAGUGGGACAUUUUCAAAUCAUUAUAAGAGAAUGUACAAGAAUAUCCGAUAAAAUGAGGUUCUUGCUGUUGAUUGUUAUUCAUAUCGUAUUGGCAGAAGAUACAUUUGGUGAAAUUGUCCUGUCCAACAAAGCACAACAUACUCAUAUUGGGAAAACAGUAGUUUUGUCAUGCAAGUAUCCCCACGGUGCCACAAAAAUCAGAUGGCGAAGCUGGCAGGGAAUUAUUGCAAAAUCCUCGGAUUUAGAAUUGACACAAACUGACGACAUGAAGCGAUUCAAUGUUGUCGCAAACCAAAUGAAGGGUGAAUACAAUCUUGAAAUAUCUGAUGUGAUACAACCUGAUAGUGGUCUUUACUGGUGUGAAAUGCAAAUAGGAGGAGAUAUAACGCAGCAAAGGGUCACAUUAUACAUAGAUAAAUUUGGUGAAAUUGUCCUGUCAAACAAAGCACAACAUACUCAUAUUGGAGAAACAGUUGUUUUGUCAUGCAGGUAUCAUCAUGGUGCCACAAAAAUCAGAUGGCGGCGCUGGCAAGGAAUUAUUGCAAAAGCCUCCAAUUUAAAACUGAAAAAUGCUGACGACCGCAAACGAUUCAAUGUUGUUGCAGAUCGAAAGAAGGGUGACUACAAUCUUAAAAUAUCUGAUGUGGAACAAUCUGAUAGUGGUCUUUACUGGUGUGAAAUGCGAAUUGGUGGAAAAAUUAUGCAGCAAAAGGUCACAUUGUACAUAGAUACAGAUGAUAAAUUUGUACUUUCCAACAAAGCACAACAUGCUUAUAUUGGAGAAAAAGUUGUUUUGUCAUGCAAGUAUCCUCGUGGUGCCACAAAGGUUAGAUGGCGUCGCUGGCAGGGAAUUAUUGCAAAAGGCUUGGAUUUAAAUGUGGAAAACCCUGACGACCGCAAACGAUUCAAUGUUGUCGUAGACGAAAUGAAGGGUGAAUACAAUUUUGAAAUUUCUGGUGUGAUACAAUCUGAUAGUGGUCUUUACUGGUGUGAAAUGCGAUUUGGUGGACAAAUUAUGCAGCAAAAGGUCACACUGCAAAUAGGCAAGUUACUUAUACAUUAUGAUUUGCUUAAGUGUAUGGUUACUUCGUACAAAUGACUGUAAAAUUAAAAACGUCAAAAUUUGAAUUCAGAAUGAGAUGUACGAAUAUAUUGCAGGUUGAAUUACGGUAAUUGAUUUUUUGCGAUAUUUUUUUUUAUAAAUUACUUUUAGUUCUCUGUAAAGUGUUUCCCCGAUCCCGAUGAUAAAACAGCGGUAUACUACUGUUGCCUUUUUUCCUUCCUUAAUGUAAAAAAUUAAAUAACAAAAAUACCGAACUCCGAGGAAAAUUCUAAACCGAAAGUCCCUAAGCAAAUGGCAAAAUCAAAAGCUCAAACACAUCAAACGAAUGGAUAACAACUGUCAUAUUAUGUAAGCCAUUCUGUUUAUCAAGUAUUUUCUAUAAUUAGACAUGAAAUAAAUAUCCCAGAUUUUGAUUAUCUAGUGUAUUUUUCAUGUAGUUUUUUUAUACGACGAAAUCUUGUUCAUAUUGCGUCAAUGUCGGAAUAUAUGUAAAAGGACAUAAAUUGUAAGCUUUAUUGGAAUUCUAUUUCUUUUACAAUCUUGUCUUGAAGCGAACGAAUAAGGGAAUUAAAUUUAGAAUGUUUAACUUAACCAACUCUGUAUAUUCUCAGUGUAAUAGGAGAGACAUAUCAGGUUCAAGAGGGGUAUUACUAAAAAAUAACAGUCGAGAUAAGGUUAUAUUGCCUAGACUCAUCAGUCUCGCGCCCGAAUCAAAACAGGCAGAACGCCAAGAUAUGUGUGCUCAAAAAGUCAUGCCAAAUACACCAAUUACUUCGAUUCUACAAAGUUUUUGUGCUGUUCCCAAAUGAAUCUCUUCUUUCUCUUAAGAAGAAGGUAGUAUACCUAUCGUACAAAAAGUAAAAACAGCUUGUGUCAUUAUGUAUAUUUCAACCAGCAAAUGUAAACAUAUAUGUAUCGUAGGCUAAUUCUUUGACUUAAAUAUAUAUAAA